AUGGAGCAAAACUAUAGCUUUUUCCCAGUUUCAUUCUCUCCAACCUCCUCCUAUAAAAACAAGACUUCUAUGUGCAGGUCAUGAAUUAAUAGAUUUUAUUUCUCAAAGACAGCUCGAAUCUUUUUUACUCUCCAAAUUUUGCUGUGCUUGUUUAGCAUGAUAUGAGUACUCGUACACUUUGGAUCGUUUCCCAGUAACUUAUAAUUAGAGGAAUCAUGAUUUAUGGUGAUAGAAGUUGCAAUCGGCUGCACGAUUAUAGCAGAGGUUUGCAUCAGAAUGUAUUUAUUAGGGCCCAAGAAAUUUUUCACGGAGUGUAGCAAUGUAUGUGACGUUGUGCUAUCAAUGCUAUGUAUGACAGAAAUUAUUUUAGCAUUUACUUCUCGAUCUCUGCUGGAUGAUGUAGAAGGAGUUAUUGGGAUAAUGGUUCUUGUGCUUAGGAAUAUUAUUCUCCUAUGGAGAGUUAUUAUGGUCAUCAACAGGCAGAGAAGGACCCGCGUUCACAGUGUCCAUUUAGAAGUAAUUAGCAAUGCUGAAGAAGACGCAAAAACUAACAAAAUGCAAGAGAACCUCAUUCUUAAUAAAGAGUCAAUCCAGUAUAUAUACAGACCCAAGCUAGAAGAGCUUAAAGAGGAAGAUGAGGAUAACGAAAGCAGUCUGAAAUCUGGGUCAAUUUGGGAAGGGAGGUUUGGCAAGUAA